AUGACUUGAUUCGUUAGGAUGAAGAAUGUAAAGAUCUUACAUUUGCCACUCCUUUUUGUGUUUGUGCAUGCCUGCUUUGCACAAGCAGACUUUGCCCCCUAUUUCUAUGACAAUGGACCCUACAGCCACAAUGGGAACCUGGCACUGUUUAGCCUCUCAGAGGACACAGCUAUUGGUACACAAAUAUAUUGCCUCAAUGGCACAGACCCUGAAGGCUAUGAGGUGAGCUAUGGCCUUUCCUUUGAUCCUGGGUCCAAAGAAUACUUCAGGGUUGACCCCAAAUCUGGAAACAUCACCUUAAUUGAAAAGCUGGACAGAGAGAAACAAGAUUCUAUUGAUGUUCUUGUUAGCAUCACGGAUGGGCAAAGCAAGGUUGUGGAAAGAGUCACAAUAUUUGUAAUGGACACAAAUGACGAAAAGCCUGAAUUCCAAAACUUGCCUGCAUUCAUUGAUGUAUUGGAAACAACAGCAUCUGGAAGUAGCAUCUACAAAGCUGAGGCAGUGGACAGAGACACAGGCUCAGGGGGCUCCAUCACAUAUUACCUCCAGAAUCCUCUUCCCAGUUUGUUUGCCAUUGACAGACAUAGUGGAGUCCUCCGUAUCAAAUCUGGAGAAAAGUUGGACUUUGAGAAGACUAAAACACACUUUGUCACUGUAAUUGCAAAGGAUGGUGGUGGGAAUUUCAAUGGAAAGGAGCAGUUUCUGUCUUCGUCUGCUACCCUGACAAUCAAUGUGAUAGAUGCACAAGACACACCACCAACUUUUAUUGGGACACCCUACUUUGGCUACAUUUAUGAAAUCUCAGUGCCGGGAUCUGAAAUAUUCACUGUUAUUGCAAAAGAUGGUGAUGUGGGAAGCCCAAAUCCAAUCCAUUAUUCCUUUUACGAUGGUGAUGAUGGUGUUUUCAGUAUCAACAAAACAACCGGUUGUAUCACCCUGCUGACUCUUCCCAUUUAUCUGAAGAGAGAGAUCUUUAACAUUAAAGUCAAGGCAUCAGAAGUAAGUCCUGAAGGUAGACUCAUGGAAUAUGGGCUGGCCACAGUGGUGAUCCGGGUGGUGGACCUGAACAAUAAUCCACCUACUUUCUACGGAGAGAACGGCCCACAAAACAUGUUUGAGUUGACCAUGUAUGAGCAUCCACCAGAAGGAGAGAUACUCCGGGGCCUGAAAAUCACUGUCAAUGACUCCGAUCAGGGCGCUAAUGCUAAAUUCAACCUAAGACUGAUUGGACCAGGACGAAUGCUGCGAGUCGUCCCUCCGACUGUGCUCAAUGAGGCCCAAGUCACAAUCUUAGUGGAAGACUCUGCAGCCAUGGAUUAUGAGAAACACCAUUUUCUCACAUACAAGCUACUUGCAGUUGAGAUUGAUACACCAGAGAGAUUCAGCGCCACAGCAGACAUUGUUAUCCACCUCCUGGACACCAAUGACAACGCACCCAAAUUCUCCUCUGAUUACUACAUAGCCAGAAUUCCAGAAAACUCACCCGGUGGAUCCAAUGUGGUGUCAGUCACGGCAACAGACCCAGACUCAGGACCUUGGGGUGAAGUGAAGUACUCUAUCUAUGGAUCAGGAGCUGACCUGUUCUUCAUCCAGUCUGUAUCUGGGAUCAUCUACACACAGCCGUGGGCAAGCCUGGAUGCAGAGGUGAAGUCCAAAUAUAACUUCUAUGUGAAAGCAGAGGACGCAGAGGGGAAGUACAGCCUGGCUGAGGUCUUUGUGACUGUAUUGGACCUGAAUGACCAUUCACCUGCGUUCAAUGACAACUUCCUGGAGAAGACCAUGGUUAUUGGAGCACCGGUGAAAAUAGAGGCAGUAGACGAUGAUGCAGAAGUACCCAACAAUGUUAUCGAGUAUGCCAUCAUGAAAUCUGACCCAGACAGCAAUAUUUUUGACAUCAACGCUGACACAGGGGAGAUAAUGCUCAAAUCCUACAUCAAGUCGAUGGCCAUCAUUCAGAACAUCACCAAGCAAAGGGACUGUACCUGGUCACUGGUGGUGCAGGCCAGAGAUCGAGGCCAACCAUCCUUCAGCACCACCGCAGUCGUCAAAAUCGACAUCACUGAGGCUACCCAACUCAAGGGAGGGCCUUUGGAAUUUUUUUUAAUGCAGAAUAGAAACAAGCCAUUGCAAAUCCUAGGCAUGCUUGCUGGUAUCAUUAGUCUCAUGGUCAUUGUCACGGUCAUCAUCUCCACUGCAACAUUCAUGCGCAACAAAAAGUCCAACCGGAUCCUGCCUAACCGACGUGUGAGGAGGAGACCCCGAAAUCAGCACAACUGGAACUUAAAAAACCCCUUCAAGAAACAGGAACAUCCUGAAGAGAAAUUUCGAGUACAAGAGCAGGAGCAGGAGCCGGAGGUCGUCGUGGAGAAUGUCAAUUACAACAACAAUGUCACCAAUGUUGUGAGAAACUGGUCCCCGCCUCCACCACCCAACGCCCCAUAUCCAUGCCCCCCUCUGCCACCACCCUACAUCCCAGGGGAGAGGCAGUGGACAGUACCCACCAUAUCAGCUGCUGUGGCAGUCAAACCUAAAAAGAAGCCAGCAAUGACCAGACAGGACACUGUAAACAAAGCGCUGGUUUCAGAACUCAAGAUGAGACUGGAGCAGAAGAGGAUGCUGUCACAUUCAUAG